AUGAGAUUGAGCCAUCAACCCUUUGUUGCUGCUCAGCAAGAAGCACAAAGGUUCAAGGCACAUAUUAGAAGCAUCCAGACAGAAAGUGAUAUCCAAAUCAGGGUUUUGCUAGAUAAAAUUGCAAAAAUGGAAAAAGACAUUAGGGCUGGCGUCACAGGAGCUGUAGAAAAUCCACACCGAUGUAAAGAGUACCAGAUUUGCUUGCCGAGCUUGAGAAAUUCGAGGCAUGAACUCAAGAGGUUAAGAGCUACAUUCGAGUAUGAAAAAGGCUUAAAUAUAGAGAAGGUGGAACAAAUGCGAGCAAUGGAACAGAAUCUCAUAGGGAUGGCAAGAGAAAUGGACAAAUUGGGCGUUGAUGUCCUGAAUGCUAAGACCAGAGCACGUGCUCCAAACCGAUAUGUUGGUGGCUGUGCAAGUCUUGAUGCUUCAGGCCCACCCCCUGUACAAGGUGGUGGCACCUAUAUUGAUGGACAUGGGAGGCCUCUUGUUCACAUUGGUGUCAGGCCAGCAAGAGAUGGGAUAAUUCCUUACAGCAGUAGCAAUGGUCCAGUGUCCAAUGUUGGGUUUGAUAUGCAGCAAUGUCUACUACUGGUGAUGUUGCUCACUGGGGUCAUUGAUCGUUUACGUUAUGAUCUCUUUGAAGGGUGGAAAUCUUUAUUGAGUUUGGCAAUUCCAAGCUGCAUUUUGGUUUGUCUUGAAUGGUGGUGGUAUGAGAUCAUGAUUUUACUAUGUGGGCUAUUGUUAAAUGCAAGAGCAACUGUUGCUUCAAUGGGAAUCUUAAUUCAAACCACAGGUUUGAUAUACAUUUUCCCAUCUUCUUUAAGCUUUGGUGUGUCAACAAGAGUUGGCAAUGAACUAGGUGCUAAUAAUCCACAGAAGGCCAAGCUUGCUGCUAUUGUUGGUCUCUCUUCACGCUUUGUCUUGGGAUUUACAGCAUUGCGUUUUGCUGUUACGGUGAGGAAAGUUUGGGUUACCAUGUUUACAGAAGAUGCAAAGAUUAUUGCAUUGGCAUCCAUGGUUUUGCCCAUAAUUGGCCUUUGUGAGCUUGGAAAUUGCUCACAAACAAGAGGUUGUGGUGUUUUGAGAGGCAUGGCUAGGCAUAAAGUGGGCGCAAAUAUUAAUUUGGGAUGCUUUUAUCUUGUUGUCAUGCCAGUUGCUGUUUGGUUAAGUUUUUAUGCUAGCUUUGAUUUUAAAGGACUCUGGUUUGGUCUAUUAGCAGCUCAGGCUCAUGUUUGA